AACUAAACAAGCUUGGCUCGGUGCCUUCCCUUCGGUCAAUUUCACACUUGAGUGUCCCUCUUUCUCUCUUUACAUAUACCGUGAUCGCCUACUCCAUUUUUAUUGACUUUCAUAGACUCGUGUGCUCUACACAAGAACUUCCGGAAAUGGCAGAGGUAAUCGUUACGAUGGAGGUCGGUUCCGAUGGUGUUGCUGUGAUCACCAUCUCUAACCCUCCUGUUAACGCCUUAGCUGUCCCAAUUCUCGGUGGGCUGAAGGAGAAAUUUGCAGAGGCUAUGAGGAGAGAUGAUGUAAAAGCGAUCGUUUUGACUGGCAAGAAUGGAAGAUUUUCAGGUGGAUUUGACAUCAAUGUUUUUCAAAAAGUUCACAAGACUGGUGACAUUUCUCAACUACCUGAUGUAUCUGUUGCCCUUGUGACCAACACAAUCGAAGAUGCCAAGAAACCCAUAGUUGCUGCUGUACAAGGACUUGCACUCGGGGGUGGCUUAGAACUUGCAAUGGGAUGCCAUGCGCGUGUUGCAGCUCCAAGAGCUCAACUUGGCUUACCUGAACUCUCUCUUGGAGUUAUGCCAGGCUUUGGAGGUACCCAAAGACUUCCUAGGCUUCUGGGAUUAUCAAAGGCAAUUGAUAUGAUGUUGACAUCUAAACCAAUACUCUCUGAGGAAGGGGAAAAGUUAGGUCUAAUUGACGCUAUUGUCCCUCCUCAAGAAUUGUUGAAAGUGGCUAAGAAAUGGGCUUUAGACAUUGCUGAGGCCCGUAAACCGUGGGCCCGCUCUCUUCAUCGCACAGACAAAAUUGGGUCCCUUUCAGAAGCACGUGCGAUUAUUAAGGCUGCUAGAGAACAUGUCAAACGUACAUUUCCCAAUUUGCCCCAACAUCAAGCUUGCCUUGAUGUGAUUGAGGAAGGUAUUGUUCAUGGAGGGUAUGCAGGUGUUUUGAAGGAGGUGAAGGAGUUCAAUGAGCUUGUUGUUUCAGACACAUCGAAAGGUCUUGUUCAUAUAUUCUUUGCACAACGUGCAAUCUCAAAGGUACCUAAAGUUACUGAUGUUGGUCUAAAGCCAAGAAGUGUGAAGAAAGUUGCUGUGAUUGGUGGAGGUUUAAUGGGGUCUGGAAUAGCAACUGCCCUUAUCCUUGGUAAUAUAAAAGUUGUUCUCAAGGAAGUCAACUCUGAGUAUCUUCAAAAGGGAAUAAAAACAAUACAAGCAAAUGUUAAAGGAUUGGUAGCAAGGAAGAAGCUACCACAGGCUCAAGGUGAAAAGGCGUUGUCAUUGGUUAGUGGGGUAUUGGAUUACUCACAAUUUAAAGAUGUAGAUAUGGUUAUAGAGGCUGUAAUUGAGAACAUUCCAUUGAAGCAAAAAAUCUUCAGUGAAAUUGAAAGCAUUUGUCCCCCUCAUUGCAUUUUAGCAACCAACACAUCCACCAUUGACCUCAAUUUAAUUGGAGAAAAAAUCAAAUCUCAAGAUCGAGUUAUCGGGGCACAUUUCUUCAGUCCAGCUCACGUGAUGCCACUACUGGAGAUAGUUAGAACAGAAAAGACAUCUGCACAAGUGAUUCUUGACCUAAUGACAGUUGGAAAAGUCAUAAAAAAAGCUCCUGUUGUUGUGGGAAAUUGUACAGGUUUCGCUGUGAAUCGCACGUUUUUUCCAUACACACAGGGUGCGCAUGUUUUGCUUCAUUUGGGUGUCGAUUUGUUUAGAAUUGACAGAUUGAUCACCAGCUUUGGACUCCCCAUGGGACCCUUCCAGCUUCAGGAUUUAGCGGGAUAUGGUGUCGCAGUUGCGGUAGGUAAAGAGUUCGCAAACGCUUUUCCUGAUCGCACAUUCCGCUCACCGAUAAUCGAUCUUCUAAUCAAAAGCGGACGAAAUGGUAAAAAUAACGGAAAAGGGUAUUACCUUUAUGAGAAGGGUAGCAAGCCAAAACCCGAUCCACGGGUGUUUGAGAUCAUAGAAGAAGCUAAAAGACUAGUCAACAUUAUGCCCUCGGGAAAGGCAAUAAAUGUAACGGAUAAAGAAAUAGUGGAGAUGAUAUUGUUCCCCGUGGUGAAUGAGGCGUGUCGUGUUCUUGAGGAAGGAAUUGUGGUUCGAGCAUCUGAUCUCGAUGUUGCAUCUGUUCUUGGGAUGAGUUUUCCAUCUUAUCGUGGUGGGAUUGUGUUUUGGGGAGAUUUGGUUGGGGCGAAGCAUAUAUACACAAGUCUCAAGAAAUGGUCUGAGAAAUACAGCAAAUUUUAUACGCCUUCAAGAUUUCUUGAAGAAAGAGCCAAUAACGGGGUCCCACUGAGUGCCCCGAUGUCAGCAAGUUCAAGGGCUCGUUUGUAGGAAAUGGAAAUCAAGAUCCUACUUUGUUAAAUGAUAAAACUAGUCUUGUUGUGAAGAAAAAUAAGGUUGUUCCAACUUUUUUUUUUUUGGUUUUGGUCUUUUGGAAAUUGGAAGUUGAACUAUUGAGGUGGGGUUUGGGUUUAAGGAAUAUGAAUGAAAGAAUGAUGUUUAAAUA